UACUUGUGAUUUCGCUUUAAGAAAUGUAGGUCCGUGCUUGUGCUCCUGCUCCUCCUCCGGACCGAGAUCUCCUGUCCUGCCACCGCCUCCACUCCUCGAGCACGGCGAGUCACCAUCACCUCGUAUCGCCGACGUCGGUCACCACCGCAAACCAGUCCCCGUGCUAGAUGGCAUCUUCUACUCUAAAACCAGGUGUGCCUAUUACUUUGCAAGAGCUAGAGCCCUCCUCAGAGAUGCUCAAGCAAGGGGCAUCCCUCCGGGUAACAGGAAUCCUUCAGUCAUAUGAUGUGGACUCUGCAGUUGCUGUCAUUCAAGAUGGCAGUGCUAGACUGAAGAUUGAUACUCAAAACCUGAGAGACAUUAGUUUCCGCAGCAAUUCCACGUUCCAGUUCAUCGGUGAACUCCUGAUCCAGCCAAACAACGAUGCGAUUCUGCAAGCACGUGUGGGCAGGAAUGUUGAUGGACUUGACCUGAACCUCUACCAGCAGUCUUUGAUCAUCCGACGGCAACAUGAAGCCAAACUACUAAGCUCCAGGAGGCCAUGAUCCAAAGCUGUGAACCAGGCUCAAAGCCUCACUUCAGUUUUUCUGAAGUAUGGAGCAUGUGAGAAAAGAAUCACCUAACUCAUGAUGACCAUGUUCUCCAGUUUGUUAUAGAACCUACAAAGUGGUACUAGUAGUUGUUAACUGAGUUUCCUGAGCACAGAUUAUUCCUCGAGGGCCACCUCAUUCUCAAGGCUAUUUAAGCUAUCAGGUCCAUGAGCUCAUAUUGGUUGAGGGUCCACAUAUCUGUUUCACGUUGUUUUGUGGGCUGGCAUUCCCUUUCAGCUCGACGGAUGUGGCUGCAGAGUGAUAUCCUAUUAUUCUGAACAAUUUGGAACCUGACAGGCUGUGUGGGGACAGAUGGAUGUGAUGCCUACAAACCUUAAUUUCUUUUAGUUA